AUGUUCGCGCUCAAAGGGAAGUUACUCCCGGCCCUUGGCCUAUACCUCGGUCUCUUUAUAACCGUAACAGCCGCCCAGGUACAAAAUAAGACUAAGGAACCCGAAUCCUGGAAGCCCAUGCAACCACAGAAACGUCAAGCUAUCGUGAAAUUGGACCCCCUCGGCUCUGCAGCAGCCAAGAGCUAUGAUCCACCUCCGGAAUUUUACCGCGGACCGGGUUCAACGACCUCCAAGUUGGACAGCACUGCAGCUGGAUUUAUAUCGAAACCCAUCAGUUCACUGCCUCCAGCUGGAGGAGGAGGAGGACCUGGUGGUUCCCACAUCAGCAGUCUACAUGAGAAUCUCAGCGAGGCCUACGACAAGUGGAGGCUGGGUGGAAGUAUUCAAGACCGGAUUAGCGUGGGUCACUAUGCCGGCAGUGGAAGUACUAGCAAAAGCUACGCCUAUGAUAGUCAGCCAUAUCAGUACGACUACGGAUCCCCUAAUGGACAUGGCUACGAGCCAGGACCUGCUUCUGGGCACGGCUACUCCUCCAGCGGGGAGGCGGGAGUCCCAUACCAUGUUUACAGACCCCGACCGGAGCCUGGUCACUACCCUGGGCCCCCUUUGGAUUACUCCUACAGCUCGUAUCCCAUCGAUUCUCACGAAAUCGUCUCGCACAAAGGAUCGCUGGAACUUUCACCCAAAGCCCUGCUGGCCAAAAGCUUCCUCAUUCCUCUGGCCAGUGCCACCGUUCUGGGCAUCGCCGCUGCCCUGAUCAGUAAUCCUCUCCUGCUCCAACUGGCUCCCGUUCCCGGAAUUGGAGUGGGAGUGGGAAUCGGACCUUCAGCAAUUGGCAAGCGGAGAAGGAGAAGACAAGCUGUGAAGCGUGUUCCUAGAUCAGGGAGCUACUCGUUCUGA